CUAAACCUCAAUUUGCAGCACGUCUCCCAUAAUCCUCCAGGUUUUACACUGAAAACAUUACAAACAGCUCACUGAGCAAGCAUGUCAUGUGACUGAAUUCAGCUUGACAACAAGGAAGCGCCUGAAAGAAAAAAAAAAAAUAGAUCUUUGUAGAUGUGUGAUUGCAAUCUCUUUUAUUUGUCCUUUUUGGCUCCAGUACCUGAAGCCAGUGGGCUUAUCUGUUGCCCUUGCAGUGUUUGCUGUGUAUGUUUGCUUGGUGUGUGAUGCAUACAGCUCUAUAUUUAAAAGGACGUUUAUAGGCAGCUGGAGAUUGAAGCAGUCAUCUCACUGUAGGUUCCAAUUUGUCACCAGUCUAUUAUCCUCAAUCAUGUCUCUGUUCUUCUCUUUAAUACUUGCAGCUCUGGGACUAUUCUCCUGUGAGGCACUUAGAAUGCCGCAGAAUGUUAUUCCAUGGAGACUAACCACGGUAAGGAUAUUGGAGGCAUGGGGAAUAAAUAUAUUGCUUAUAGUGAAAUUGUAAACGUAGCAAUGUAAUACAAGUAGUGUCGAAAUAAUUAGCUGUUAUGUUAAUGGCUUAGACCGCUGUCUGGAAGCGAAUUUUAGGCAAUUUAGUUCCACACCAGCUGGAGUGCCAAAGUCUGGACACCCCUCAAUCCUACAUGACAAAUAAGCCAUUGUUUUAAACUUGGAGAUUACCUUGUAAAUUGAAUCUAUACAAUGUUCUAAAGCACUCAUACAUUACCUGGAUAUUAAUAUUUAUAUAUCAUCUCUUCACAGUUCUCCAGCAGAUGUAAUUUUUUUUAUGUUGCUUAUCAAUGUUCUCAUUUAUAUAUAUUUAGUUUUAAAGGGACACUGUAGUCACCAGAGCCACUAUAGUUCAUUAUAGUAAUUUUGGGGUCUAUAGCAUGUUCCUGCAGGGUUUUUAAUGUAAACAUUGCCUUUUCAUCGAAAAGGCAGUAUUUACAUUGCUGGCCAGUUACCCCUCUAGUGGCAUUCUAUAUCCGUGCUGCACAGUUUGCAGCACCUAAGUUCAGCGUCUCUAUGCUCAGCAUUGAGAUUCUGAUUGGCACAGCGCAUCAUGUUGCUGCGCAUGCGCAUUACCCUCCUGGGUUGGAUAAGAUCAUCAAGAUUGAUAGCAAAACUGGCAUAGCAAGACCGGCGUGUUGUGAGUAGACUUCUACUGAGAACAGGCCGGCCACCUAAACAGCCACUUCAGAACUAUAGUGUCAGGAAUACAUGUUUGUAUACCUGACACUAUAGUGUUCUUUUAUCUCCCAAAAUGUCAUUAGGGGGUACCAUGCCACCUUUAAAAAAAGUGGGUUUAAUCACAGUUAGGGUGUAAUUCAAAAAUUGGCAAGCCCUAUAUUUGAACCUGUAACUUUCCAAAACCCUAUAAAAAUUCUACCUGCGGCGUACUGUUUUAGGCAUGAGACAUUGCUGAACACAAAUAUGAGUGUUUUAGAGCAGUAACAUGUAUAAUGACGAUGAUAUUAAAGUGAAAAGGCAUUUUUUUUGUGGAAAAUGCAAAAAGUACCCAAUAUGAAUAUCAACUUUGGCCAGGGUUUGUGACUAAAAGGCUAGUAAAAAAGACAUAGACAACCAAUUAUGAAUACCCUGGGUUGUCUACGUUGGCAAAUGGUGUGUUAUAUUAGGGUUAAUUUUUGGGGGGCUGCCAUACGGUCUCAAAGACAACAUAGGCUCAGCAAACCAAUCUGGCAUAUUUCAAUGUGUAAUAACUGAAAAGGGAAAAGCGCUAUAUUUGACCAUGUAACUUUUCUAAAUCCUAUAAAACCUGUAUAUGGAUGUUGCACUUGUGAGAUAUCCCUGAACACAAAUAUGUGUAUUUUAUUGCAGUAAAAGCUAACUGUAUUAUGACAGUUAAAAUCUCAUGUUGAAUUUGAAAAAUAAAAUUUUAGGUUUUACUCAUAUUAAAUUAUGUUUCAUAUAUAAAUAUUUGCUAUGAAAUGAAAGCCCUGUUUAAAGGAUCACUGUAGGGUCAGGAACACAAACCUGUAUUCCUGACCCUAUAGUGUUGACACCACCAUCUAGCCCCCCUGGGCCUCCAUAAAUAUAAUACAAAUCUUACUGUAUUCAAGAAGCUGUAAAUCUGCAUGCUGUUAGACUCAGAAAAAACAAGCAGUCUGCUGACAUGUGGCAGCCUGAUCCAAUCACAGUGCUUCCUCAUAGGAUUGGCUGAGACUGGCAAAGAGGAAGAUCGGGGGCAGAGCCAGCAUGAUUCAAACACAGUCCUGGCCAAUCAGCAUCUCCUCAUAGAGAUGAAUUGAAUCAGUGAAUCUCUAUGAGGAAAGUUCAGUGUCUGCAUGCAGAGGGAGGAGAUACUGAAUCACAGGAUGCUGUGCACAGUACUGCCCUGUGCUCUGCUGACAGCAGAUCUGAGUGGAUGGAGGCAUAUUAAGCCUCCAUCAACUCCGAAGUCCCUCUGGUUCACUCUGAGUGACUGCAACUGGAGGUGUUCCUAGCUUUCAAUGUAAACAGUGAAUUUUGUAAGAAAGUACAGUGUUUACAUGAGAAAGGCUGCAGGGAGCUAUAGUUCUCACCUGAACAACCUCAUUAAGCUGAAGUUGUUCAGGUGACUAUAGUGUCCCUUUAACACUUUGUGUGAUGAGUGUGUCCUCUUUCAAUAGAAAUUUACACUUUUUUAUAAAUCUAUACUGGUUACACCACCUGCCUUUUUAACCUGUUAAUUCCUUGUUCCGUUAGCUUAGUUGCACUUAAGUUAAGAGAGGGGGCAAUUGCUCAGAGCACCUGACUUGCAAAGACUUCUCAUUGAUCUGCAUUGGGAAGUCUGUGAUUGAAGAGUUACAUAAAGUCUGGUUAGGGUUAGAAGAGGAUGGCUUGCACAGGCAGCAGACAAGAGAACUGCAGUUUUUGCAAUCUGUUUUUAGAUAUACCCCCGAUGGAAAAAAUGGAUAAACACGUGCAAACUUUCAUUUUGGGAAUAUUUAUUAAACAGUGAUUUUUAUUUAUUGCGUAUUUGGGCAUUGGAGUGUCCAUUUAAUCUGAAAUAUGUGAAUUAUGGUUGAACAGACAUAUGUAUCUCAAAUUCUAGGUUUUAUAUUGAUUUUUGAACUAUACAAUUGCCUCAGUCUUGAAGGGGUUAAGUUUUGAAAAUAAAUGCCAAAUAUCUUUGUAUUAGAUUUGCAGAAGCAGUUGUCUUGACAAAGUUUAGCUGCAGUGUUAUUGUGGUAAGCCACAGACGCUCCAGAACAAGUCCUGCAACAGACAGUGUCUUGCAUAUUAUUUUGCUGUAAACGUCAAACCACAACACACACUGUCAAACGUAAUAUAAAAUUAUUUUUGUUAUUUGCCUGCCACAGACUAGUUUUGCUAAUUACUGAUAAGUUUUUUUUUAAUUUGCUUUUCUAUUUAGGUUAAUGGGUUCUCUUGGGCUAACUGUGAUGCAGAAAGCCUUCCAGGCAAAAUCAAAAGUCUUACACUUCAUCCAGACCCAAUUACCAUUCCUGGAGAUGUGUCAAUCGCUACAGUACUAUCCACUAAUGUACCUGUGGAGUCUCCUCUCAAGGUGAGUUAGUGUAAACUAUGGCCUUCAAAUCCAUACAAUGGAUCUAUUCGAAUAUGCCACAACUGACCAUUCAAAACAGAUUCCUUUCAAUGGGUGAAUAUGUUGGAAAGUUUGGUUUAGGUCACGGCCUCUCAGUGUAGAAAACAAAUGUUUUAUCAGUUCUUUAGAUAUUCAGAACACGAUAUCAAGCAUUUGGAAUCCCAGCAUAAAGGAAUACUAUAGUACCAGGUAUACAAAGCUGUAUUUCUGGCACUUACCCUCGCCCUGCCUCCCUCAUUCCUCGCGCCUCUACGCUUUGGUAAAUAAAGGGAUAAAGAUCCUUUAUUUACUUACCUAAUCCCAGUGCCAAUGUCCCUCAGUAUUGGGUCAACGCUUUGCCCCCUCCGACGAUCUGCAAUGAGCGGGUGCUAAUGCCAAUGCACGGCAAUUGCCGCGAGCGCAUUAGACCUCCCCAUGGGAAAGUAAUGAAUCAAUGCUUUCCUAUGGGUAAAAAUCUGAAGCUGGGUGUCCUCAUGCAGAGCAUGAGGAUGGACAUCCAGCAUCAGAGACCGGACCAAAGGUCCUUUUCAAUCCCCAGAUAGUGACAGGGUAGCUUUAAUUACAAUUUGCUUUAUAUGCUUGUUGUUUAAUUCAUUAAUAUUUAAUAGAAAUACAAAUACUAUUAUGUCUUUUUAUUUCAUAAUAAUGUUUUGUUUUUUUUAAAGCUUAGGGGACAUAAGUUAUCACAAAUGUUAAGGUAUUUAUAAAAAAUUGUAAAGGACUAAAAGGCCCCCUUAGACUGUACUGUCAUAUAUAUUAAUGGACUUUCUGUUUCAUGUUACUUUUGUAACAAUUUUUUUACUCAUAAACCUUUUUUUUCCAGAUCUAACGCGUGCUGACUGGCCUAGGCAUGUCUAUAGGCAGUUCCUAUCUCUCGAACAUCAAAACAUGAUACAUUCAAAAAGAGUAUUAUGCACUUAAAAUCACACAUGCCAUUCUGUCACCUAAACACAUCAACUACUUUAACCCGUUAAGGACACAUGACAUGUGUGACAUGUCAUGAAUUCCUUUUAUUCCAGAAGCUUGGCCCUUAAGGGGUUAAAUAUCAUAAUUGAAAAGAUAAGUUGUAAGUCAAAAUAAUACAAAAUAAAGUCCUUUACAUACACCACUAAAUCUAUUAGUUUAAAUCUGGGAAGCUUGGGGUUAUUGGAUUUUAGGGUUGAAUAUAAGGGGAGAUACAGUCCAUAGCACCUUGAAAGCAACCCUAACUCAAAACACUCCCUAACUCAAGUACCCUCUCCCCAUCUACCCUUAAUACAAGUCCAUCUCUAAACACAAUGUCAUUAACUUAGGGGCAUCCAUUUCAACAAUGUCUUAGUUUCUGUUGUUUAAAUGGUGUUUAACCUCUUUAUGACUAAUAUCUUUGCAAGAUUUCAUGUGUGCUUUUCUGGCACUUUUUGAUAUGUUAAUGCAGCCUUAAUUUAACAUCCAUAGAAACUAUAGUUAAAAAAAACAAAACAAAAAAACAAACAAACUGAUUUUUUGCAGCUUAGCUCACAGUAACCUAUGUACAACCAUUUCACCUAAAGAAAAAUAACUCCAAAUAGAGUGUGAAAGUACUUCAAGAUUCCAAAUCUGCUACACUGAAGUAAUUGUUAAUUGUUUAGACCUAACCGGUUAUAUAUAACGAUAUAAGCAUUUUGACACUUUUUAUUUAACUAUUUCAUCACAACCCAGACAAUACUGCUGGUUAUAUUCUAUGUUAUAUUCAAUUUAAAAAAAAAUUUUUUUUUUAAAGUUUAAUUUCACUCACCAGGUGUGUCCCACAAUUGUAAAGACCUCUGAUUUCUAUUUUGCUACUCCUGCCAAGUACAGUAAUCCCUCCAUGUAGACCAUGCCAGAUUUUCUACAUAUUCCAGGGUUACAUGACAGACAUGGCGAUUUCAGUUUUCAAAUUUACAAUUCUGCCGGGGCACUUAGUGGGGCCAUUUCACUUUUUGGUCAAAACAGUAGCCCUAACUGCACUUUACCCCCAUUAUGACAUUCCAUUUAUCUAUUCUUAAGACUCAUAUGUCCACUUAUCUCCUUCCCUUUUUACUAACCAUAAGCAGCUUGCUCGUGAUAUGCAACCUUUGACAGAGAAAGAGGUUGAUGUAGUGUGGAGCACAAAGGGCACAUGCCGCACUACCACAUCCUGUCAAAAAGAUGAUGGGCUGCUAGACAAGAGAUAAAAGCAACUGGAGCAUUUGCACUUAUUUUAAGUCCACACAACCCCUUCCAAGCAUCCCUCCCAAAUCUCCACAACAUUAUAGAGCAAGAGUUUGGGUGGAGUAAUGCAACUUAAAAAAUCCCCAAUAAUUAUGAUAAUUGUAUAUUUUUAGUCAGUUUAAGGACCUCCAUUUUAAUCAGGCUCUGUAUACAAUUGUAACACUUUCAAGCUGGUUGAAAAGCUUUAGGAGACCCAAAAAGGUGGUGCUUUCCUUCCUUCAUUUCUGUAGCCCUUUCAAUCCCAGUUUGUAUACAUGUUUUUACUUUUAUUUACUUUGCAAAAUGAAAUUUAGUCCAUAAAGCUUUAUUUACCCUUAUUUAUACUCCAGGAAUGAGUAUCAGUCUGUAAAGGAACAGAUCUCUGUCAUGCCACUGGUCACUCAUUGAAAGGACCACUUCAAUCCCUGUAACCAUUACUACCCUCUGUGGUGGUUAUAGUAUAGUACUAGGAGUGGCCUGGCAUCCUCCCAGGGGAAGCAAAACUGAUUGUGAAGAAGCUUUCAUACACUCCACUGAGUUCUGCCAUGCUCUUCAGUGCCAGCUCAUUGUAGAGCAUUUCUGAAUCGCUGUCUGCGUGGUCCUAUUGCCCUCCACACAGCACAAGCUUGCUAAUGUUACUCUUAUGCUGUACUGCCAGGGGACAGUUAGUUCUCUGCUCUCCCUGAAUAAGGACACUAGGGAACAAAAUGGCAGAACAAGAAUCUAAAAUAGGCAUUGUGUAAACAGGGAGCUGUUUAGUAGAUAGCUAAUCCACAAGGAUUAGGGAGCAAUCUACUAAGAAGCUGAAAGACCAAAGUCAUGAAACACCCUUCCUUUUCAUAAUUUUGGUCUUUCAAACAACUUUACUACUUAGUAGUAUUUGUAAAUAAGGAAGGUUAAAUCUCCCCUCCUGUCUGUACCCACUGUGCCUCAAUUAAUGGCAUAUCUAAUAACGACUCUCCCCACUCGUGGGGCAGGUAGGGAAACUGUGUCACCCCUAGUUAAUUAAUUUAUUAGGUACCCCACCAUGGGGUCACGAGUGACCUGUGCCAGGUCACCCUGUAUCGGUGCCCAGUCGUUAGUCUUUUUUUAAAACAAUGAGCAGCCAAUGGCUGUAAUUAAGCCCUCCCGAUAGGAUAGCAUUGCUUAGUGCUUUCCUAUGGGGAUUUCAAUGACACUAGAUGGUUUCAUGCAGAGUGUGAGGACAUCCAGCGUGAGUUAGACAAUCAAGUCUGGUAAAAUACCAGAAGAGCCUAUAGUGGCUGUUCUCAAAAAACGCAAUGUUUUACAUUGCAGGACUAAGUGGGAAAGGAACAUUGCACUCAGACCACUUCAAUGAGAUGAAGUGGUCUACAGUGUCCCUUUAAACUGUUCUAUUAUUCUGACAAUACAUCUAUGCUGUAUUAAUGCUCUAUUAAUACCUAACAUCAGUAAUACAGUUAUAAGUUACUUUCAAUGUGGUAUAGAAUCCCAGUUAUCUCCUAAAGCAAGCAUGUCAAACUCAAAGACGACCACAGACCAAAUAAACAAGUUAAGUUCAUGUGGGCCACAAAAAAACCCCAAAGCUUCAGUUUUCAUAGAAACAUAGGUUUAUUUAGAAAAGUACAAUAUAAAAAAAGUUGCCUAACUGACACUAGACGUCCUCACGCUCGUAAGUCUUUAAAGUAAACAAAAGAGCGAAUUUAUUUUAAGGAGACCUGCAUUUGCAUAUAAUCAAUGUUUCAGUCCAACUACCUUGACAUAUUAAGGAAAGUUUCGUAACUGGACUGAAAUUGUAAAUGUAUGCUGUGGCACAGCUGUAAAACACAAAUGACGUUAUCUUGUUGAUUUUGAAGUCCUAUGAGUGUGUUCUUCACUUUGGCUGAGAUCAUCAAACUUGAUGAUCUCAGCCAAUCCAAUGCUUUCCCAUAGGAAAGUAUUGGGAGGCUAUUAUGCAUGUGUGGCAAAAAGCUGCACGACCAAUCAGGAUCUUCAUGCGCAGCUUUCAGCGCCUCCAUGCAGACCCAAUCUAAUACACUGUCCCAUCCCCACAUAUUAAUACUCUGCCCACAAAUCCAAUACACUGCCACUCUAAAAGCUGCCCCCUCCACCCAAUCUAAUAUACUGCCCCUUACUCUAAUACACUGCCCCUCCUCCCUCCACUUUAAUUGGAUACACUGCCUCCACUCUUAUUUAUUACACUGGCUACCCUCCCCAAUCUAACACAUUCUCCCCUUUCCCUCCCCAAAUUAAUACACUGCCCUCUCCCCAAUUUAACACACUGACCCCCCCCCAACCACCACAACUGUAAUACACUGCCCCACUCUCUCCCCCAGUUUAAUACACUGGCUCCCUCCAUUAUUGCCCCCUCCAUCCUUCAAAUUAAUACACUGCCCUCCUCCCCCCAAUUUAUUACACUGGCCCCCUGUCUCGCCCACUGCUUACUCCCUCCCCCUAUGUAAUACACUCCCCUCUCUCCAAUUUAAUACACUGCCCCCACCCCCCCCUAAUACACUGCCCACCCUCCACAAUGUAACACACUACACAGGAAGGUCCCACAAGCCCCUCUUCCUCUACCUUAAGAUGACCUCCCCCCCAUCCUCCAGUUCCAGCCCAUCUUUUCUCAAGCAGGCCAGAUGCUCCUCUGGCACUGCAAGCAGGAGGGAAGCUGGAGUGGCUGGCCUGCUCUGCAAACAGACUUCCACUCUGCACUCUUUUGGCUGUGGGAGGGAAGACCAGAAUCCGACAGGGCAGCUGGGCCGCAAAUAUAUAUUAAUUGUGAGCCGCAUGUGACUUUUUUUUCUGACCGUUGUUGGAAAGGCAAAUAGGAAAGAAGAACACGCCUAUCUGGGGAUUGUAUUUUGAAAUGACCUGGGCUGUGUAUGAAUGCUUGUAUACUGUAAACAAUGUUCCUCCUGUCACAGAUAACUCCAUUACCUCUGCAAAGAUAAUGAAAUGGAGUCCCCAUGGGUUCACACUGUUUUUGAGCCCUGAUGACCUGCCCUUCUGUGUUAUAUUUGUAAGAUUAAUUGUACAGAGAAUUUCCAAUGUGUAUAUAUAUCAUUACAUUUCUUUUUUUUCACUAUAGAUUGCCAUUACUGCAGAAAAAGAGCUUUUUGGUGAGUGGGUUAAGGUACCCUGCCUAGAUAAUUUGGGUAGCUGCACCUAUGAUGAUGCAUGCAGCAUCCUGGAUGCUCUCAUUCAACCAGGACAGGAGUGCCCUGAGCCACUGCGUACAUACGAUUUACCCUGCCACUGCCCAUUCAAAAAAGUAAGCGGACAGCAUUUUGAAUUGCCUACAUGAAUAAAUAAUUACAUGCGAUGUGACCAUACUGAUUACGAAGAUGUACAUUUUAAAAACAUCUACCCUGGUUAAAAAAAAAAAAAAAAAAAACAAACUUGAUUUUCUAGUUGCCUUGAUUUCCUCCUAGCUACUUUGUUUGUGCUCUCAAGAUUUCUCAGUGAAGGAUAGAUUGUUGAUGUUGAUAUAUGCUAAAUAAUACAUAUACAUGAAUACAUAUUAGAGGAUGGCUCACUUACAUCAUAGUUGUGCAGAAAUGCACAGACAACUAAGUUGACAUGUUGACUCAUAAUACCAAUGUUACUUUUCACAAAAUCUUACUGAGGUGAAGUAUAUCAACUACACGAACUCUGCUUCAGUGGGCAUAAAUCACUGAGGUCAUGGGAUAUUGACAAGACCUCCGUUUCACGAUCAUGGGGAGUGAUGCCACCAUUUUUGAGCGGGUAUUCUUUUCUAAAAAUCAUUUGGGAUCACCAGGAUUUUAUUAUGUUUUCAUUGGUUGAGGAGUGCCUAUGUCGUAAACACAGCAAAUAGGAACUGAUCAUCAGCAGAUUCUACACAUUUGACUUAUUUUUUGCUAAUGGUCAGUAAAUGUACAGUGAUGCUCGAGUAUGUAUAAUUCAAAAAGGACAAGUGGACAACAGAUUUCUAUCCGAUGUAUAUUCUGUGGAAUCCCACCUUCAUUGUUCUUGGUCUGUAUUUUAUCUACAACAGCAUAAAUGAGUCGUCUGUGUCUAGGAAAACCUGGUGGAUCUAUUAAUCACAGACAUCUCAGAUAGUGAAGUGAAAGGGCUAUAGUUAUAGUAUUUAGAAUGUUCCUUUAACCCCAUCUUACCUAUUGUGUGUCUCUUAACACUGUCCUUAACCCUCGUGUCUUUUAAUCCCAUCCUUAUUUACUCAUUGUGUGCUUCUUACUGCUCCCUCCAUCUAGGAGCAGUGUUGUAGUUUGCCUUGCAGGACUGUGGUAGAGGGUCUUCAUGUUCCUCUGCCUAGUCAGACAAGAAGCUUCAAGUAAUAAUAUAUAGUACUGCUCCACUCCACUAACUACAUGCUGAUCACUGCCCCUGUCAGAGUCAGAUGAGGAAUAUGAAGAUCUUCUUCCAUGCAGCCAUGCUACAGAGUGUGAGAGUGUAGCCACAGGUCCCUUUUAUGUACCAGUCAUAUGAAGAUAUGAAACAGGUGAUCAUGGUAGUUCUGUCAUUUGCUUAUGGUAAAAUUAAACUUGUAAAGUCAAUGAAUACAUUAGUAAUAAUAUAGAAAGGAUCCAACAUAUUCCAUAAAGCUGUACAAUGAAUAUAUAAAAUAUACAAGUAAACCAAGACAAACAUAUAUAGGAAAUAACUUUUUUUUUUUAUUUAUUUUUUUAUGACAUCUAACUAAUAUAUUUAUAUUUUUUAGGGAUCCUAUUCUCUUCCUGAUACCAGCAUUAAGAUACCAAAUCUAUCUCUUCCAUCCUGGCUUGCUAGCGGCAAUUACCGUGUGACUGGAGUCAUGAGCCAUGAGAAUGAGGAAAUUGGCUGUGCCAAAUUUACGUUCUCAUUGGAGAGCAGUGACUCUUCGUGGUGGUAAAGUGAAAUAUCACAUUGCUUGAAGAGGAUUGAAGAUGCAGUUUAUUCCUACAACGAUUAGCCUUACUCAUUCCUUUAUACUCUUAUUAUAGAAUAAUUUACACUUGGACUGAUUAUGUGCAUUCCCCAACACCAGCAUAUGCUUGUGACUCUCCAUAUUUGGGUUCUAUAAUUUUAAAACAUUUUAUCGUUCCAAUUUCUUUUCUGGAAAAAUAAUCUUUAACUUGCAUAUAAACUGAUGAGUCUUUUUUUUUAUUAACAUAAUCAUGGGUGUUUAUAAAGCAAACCAAGGUGAAGCACUGACGUCUAACAAACAAUUUUCUGCCAGCAGUUAUAUGAAGCCCUACUCAGCAACCAAUACUCAUAUAGAGUUUGAAUCCUGUAAUGGCUCAUUUUAUGUUGUGCAGGGCCAGUUAUGGACACUCAUGACAUUAAUGGGUAAAAGAGUAUGCCAUUUAGACGUUCACAUUUUGCUUUUUUUAGUCUGUGUCUCCUUGAAAAUAUUCUUCCAUAGUCAGUGAACAUAAGCUUUUAACAUAUCUUUAAAUGUUUGGAACAUUAACGCACCGUUGUUGCUCUCUAAGUAUUAAUAUCAAUAAAGAAUCUUAAAACUGUGGAUUCUGCUGCUAGUGACCUAUAUUUUCUCAUUUAAGACAGCGAGGUUUCAGAGAUUAAACUAAUUUACAGAUCUGUUCUAUAAAGCUACAUUAACCAUAUUAAAAUAUAGUUUCAAAAUGAACAUGAUUAUUCACCUUUGAAUUAUGCCUUCAAUUUAAUUGAAUGUGACUGGUAGGCAAUAUUAUAUUUUAAUAUAAUUUUAAUAUGAAUGUCUCUAGAACAAAGAUACUGAUAAAAAAGAACAACUCUUUUAUAAGUAGUUAAAUGAAUAUAGUGUGGCUGAAAUUUUUGUGCAUUCACUUCAAAUAGAAUCCUUUUGGUAAGGAUAGACAGCCUGUUACCAUAAUAAUUGCUAUAAUUUAAUAUUUUUUUGGAUUCUUCUCGUCAUAUAAGGAAUCAGAUCAUGUCUAUACACUGGAAAAAUCAUAGCAACAUGAAUAUUGUCUGUAAAUUAACUUUUAAAGUCAUAAAUUAACUCUAAGCUGUUUUUCCUCUAAUGCCUGAUCUCAAAUCAUGAAUUGAUUAAAUCUCUCCAAUCCA